AUGUAAACUACUUUCCUCUGGAGAUCGAUCGUAACAUCGGAAAGCCACCCAAGCGUUGGACAUUUGCUGCCGCCGUACAGAGGACCGAGGCGAUUGAAGCACCUCGUUGCCACUUCUAACACUUUCCCAACCUUCCAGUCCCCCCUCUACCACCACCAUCGCCAAAGAAAUGGCCCAAGGAACCAUCAAGAAAUCCGCCGCCAAGCCCCCAGCGGCGUCUUCGCGCCCCGCAAGCGGCAAGACGAAAAAGGGCGCGCGCGUAGCCAAGUCCAAGAAGACGACGACGGCCGACAAGACGCAGAAGAAGCUCAACGCGGGCAUGACCAUCAAGACGGAGAAGUUGCUGGGCGAGCGGGCCGGGCAUCUCGAGAUGAUUGGCAAAGGACGCGAUAAGGGCGGGCCGAAGAAGGAGGGGGAGAAGGGGAAGGCUACUGGUGGGGAGAAGAAGGUACAGACGGGGGGAUCGAGGAAAUUUGGUUGAGAGGGUUAGAGAAUAUGAUACCCAAGAGUUGGAAGCAGACUACAAGAUGCCCCGUGAGUGGCCAAAGUCGGAAUGCUCGCGCGGCCGGCUAGAUUGAGAGCAAGACUUGGUCCACGGUGUUAUUUACUCCCUGAGCGGUUUAUCAGGAGACGGUUAUUGACGCCAGAGGAGCGACGGUCUCGAGAUCGUCUUCGCCUGCUGGGCGUUCGCAGAAACCCGAAGGGAAAAAACCCGAA